AGAACAAGAAGUGUAAGGUCAGAGUGGACGUUCGUUGGUCUCGUGAUAUGAAAGGAAAAUUGCGAAAGGAAAAUAAUUUCUCUUUUUUCAGUUAGGCCCUUCUCAUUGAAUUAACCGCGGCCACUUGUGUCAAACCUAGAUGGCCUCUGGCUGAAGGGGUAUAAUGUAACGUUAUUAUUUUGAGCGGAAGUAGUCAUUGUUCUCAGCCCCAUACUCCUCUCCUGUGUUGUGUUCUCGCGUGGAUUUGCCAGCACUCGCGGGAUUGAAUUCAAUCUAGCGUGUUCAUGACGGCCGCCCAGUGACAGAGGGGGAGGUUCUCGCGAGACUUCCCUUGUGGGGGACGCCAUCUUGUUGCUGCCACAGCCGGCGGGGGUCACAGGGACAGGAAGGGCAGCGCUGCUGGAGACGCGAUGCUGGCCCGGUUGGUUUUGCGUGGCUUGGCCCCUGCCGCCUUGAGGAGUUUGGCGCCCGCUCUCUCCGUGGGAGUGGUGCAUAUCUCAAGACCACUUCACACUAGUCAACAGCACUUGGCUCCAGUGCCACCUCUGCCUGAGACAGGAGGUAAAAUUCGUCAUGGGAUAAUCCCUGAAGAGUUUUUCCAGUUCCUGUACCCUAAAACAGGAGUCACAGGCCCCUAUAUGUUGGGAACUGGGCUUCUGCUCUAUUUACUUUCCAAGGAAAUUUACGUAGUUAACCAUGAAACACUUUCUGGAAUUUGUAUUGUGGGAAUCAUCAUCUAUGGAAUUAAGAAGUAUGGUGGAAAUGUAGCAGCUUUUGCUGACAAGCUCAUUGAGGAAAAAGUAUCUAAUUUAACAGCUGUAAAAAAUAGUAUGAUAAACGACUUGGAGAAGGCAAUUGAGAAUGAGAAGAAAGAACAGUGGAGGGUUGAGGGUCGCCAUUAUCUUUUUGAUACCAAGAGGAACAUUGUAGCUAUGCUGCUGCAGAGCAACUAUAGAGAGAGGCUGCUCACCGUAUAUUCUGACGUGAAGAAGCGGCUAGACUAUCAAGUAGCUAUGCAGCAUUUCAUACGGCACAUGGAACAAGAACACAUGAUCCGUUGGGUGGAGCAAAAUGUUAGGAAGAGUAUAACGGCUCAGCAGGAGAAGGAGAGCAUUGCCAAAUGCAUCUCAGACCUGAAGUUGUUGUCUAAAUCUGCACAGGCAGCUGUCUAAAUUCGGCAUUUACUUGCAACCCAAUAAACUGUAUGAUUGAUAUUCUUAAUUAAAACAUCUGUACUAUU